ACGCCUUUUAACUAAUUAUUCAGGAUUAACUAGCACUACAUUAUAGAGAGCGCUGCUUUGGCAAGUUACUGUUCUAUUAGGAUUGGCGGCUUGAUAUAACAUUAACCAAUAGAUUACUUUACAGCCAGCAUUUAACGCUAGGUUAACUACGUUCCGUUUAACCUGUCCAUUAAGUUUGAAAGACGUUCUAUUUAAGUUUGCUAGACAACGUUAGCUCCGAAGAAUCUAACCUUUUAAACAGUUUAAAAGACAUGCUUUUUAGCUAGCUAACGCUACCUCACUUACUAAUAAAACAGUGACAUCACGGAGUAUUAAAUAAGAUUAUUAACAUCAAAUAAUAUUAUUUAUUUGCGUAACAGUUAGCUAGUUCUGUACUUUAACAAUAGGCACAAUAUUAAUAUAAUAUGAAGUAGCUAGCUGCUAAACUAGCUAUGUUGGACAGCUAAUGUUAGAUGGCGAACAUAAAUUUUUUAUUGUAAUCGAGCUAACCGCUAGCCACCUAACGCUAGGUAACUAUUCGCUAGCUCACUGAGCGUCACGGACCUAUAGCUAUGUAUAGCUGUGCGCCUUUGAGAAACGGGAUAAUUUACCUAGUUACUCAACUAGCUAGCUAACAGCUAACGUUUGUGUGCUAGAUGAGAUGUACGUAGCUAAUUUACCUAGCCACAAUGUUAACGUUAGCUAGCUACGUAAUUUUCAAUGGCUUAGGCUAUUCAGCUAGCUAGAUAGCUAAUUACAAAACACGUUACCCAACGUAACUAGCUAUAUAUCUAGUAUGUUACAUAUAAGAUGGCUAGUUAGCAAAAAAAAAAAAAAAAACAAGAAGAAAUUGGGACAACUGAAACGAAGAAACAUCUGUUCCCACUAGCUAGCUAAUGCUUUUCCAAAAAUACUUAGCUAGCUAGUUAAUCUAUGUAGCUGCAAGGUCUGGGUUCGUGCUUCACAUCUAACCUAACUAGCUUCCAUUGGAUAACUACACACGUUGUUCUCACCCGACCCAGCAGGUGGUUUAACUUCAGACACAGGAGAGACAAUCUACCUAACGUGACAACUGCACUAAGACAAGUUGAGCAGCCAGAUUUGGACUAAAGUACUGUCAUUGCAAAUUAGCAAGCAAAAUGACGAACGAGUCUUUUCAUGUCAACGUAAACAAAUGGAUUAAGGAGAAUGAAAGUUCUUUCUUGCCACCUGUAUGCAACAAAUUAAUGUUCUUCCAUCAGCUAAACAUUAUGUAUGUUGGUGGCCCAAACAUACGUAAGGAUUACCACAUAGAGGAGGGUGAAGAGGUGGUUUAACUUCAGACACAGGAGAGACAAUCUACCUAACGUGACAACUGCACUAAGACAAGUUGAGCAGCCAGAUUUGGACUAAAGUACUGUCAUUGCAAAUUAGCAAGCAAAAUGACGAACGAGUCUUUUCAUGUCAACGUAAACAAAUGGAUUAAGGAGAAUGAAAGUUCUUUCUUGCCACCUGUAUGCAACAAAUUAAUGUUCUUCCAUCAGCUAAACAUUAUGUAUGUUGGUGGCCCAAACAUACGUAAGGAUUACCACAUAGAGGAGGGUGAAGAGCUGUUUUACCAGAUCCGUGGUGACAUGGUCCUGAAAGUGAUAGAGAAUGGCAAGCACAAAGAUGUGAAAAUCCGAGAAGGAGAGAUGUUUCUGUUGCCAGCACGAAUUCCCCACUCUCCACAGAGACAGGCUAACACGGUGGGCUUGGUGGUGGAGAGGAGAAGGCUACACUCAGAGAGAGACUGCCUCCGGUACUAUGUGGAUCACAGCACAGACAUCCUUUUUGAACACUGGUUUUAUUGUGAAAACCUGGGUACCCAGUUAAUUCCAAUUAUUGAGAAGUUUAUGGCUUCAAAUCAGCACAAGACUGGGAAACCUGACCCAGCUGACCCUAUCAAGCCAGCUCCGUACCCCCUCAAUACUAUGAACGUAAUGACCCCCUUCAGCUUCAGCGACUGGGUGGACAAGCACAGGCCUGCCCUGACCAGCGGACAGCCUGUAGACCUAUUUGGAACUCAGUUUGAGACUGAGACUGUGCUGUAUGGUCCAGGAGAGUCUGUUCCUUCAAAAAGAGCUAGUGAUGGCUGGAUCUGGCAACUUGAGGGACCUUCUAAUGUCACUAUGAAUGGCAGCAAGUAUAAUCUCUCUACAGGAGAUUGUCUUCUAAUACUUGGACAGACUGAGUAUUAUUGGCAAAGGUCUAAGGGUUGUGUUGCCUUGUAUGUUACUCAAGACCCAGAGAGAAAGAGGCCUCUCUAAGGAGUUGCAAAAUAUACUUCACACAUGAUUUCACCCAUGCCUUAGUUCCCUUUACAACUAAUGUAGAGCAUGAACUGUAAUUCUGAUGUUUAAUUACAUUUGAAAUAAAAAAAAAGACUUUUUCAUAUUGUUUGCUUGAAGGUGAGUUUGAGAUUUUUAUUUAAACCAGUAGUUUAGGUCCUUGUAAAAUCAUGUACAAGUGAAGCUCCAUGUUACUUCAUAAAUUUACAUUUUCAUAAAUGUAUUAAGGGAACAUAAAGGGAUCAAGAUAUGCCUCUUCUGAGUUGAUCAAGGAGUCAUAAAUUCUAACAUAAUGACAUUGUUAUUGAGACUCUGACAUAGAAGGUAAAACAAACCUGUUUUCUGUGAAAUUUUAGGAUAACAGUCAGUUUUAGAAUGUCUAAAGCUAAAUAAAACGGCCUUUUCACAACUAUUAAAGAGAACGCUCCAA